UCAGGUCAAGGCUCAUUCUCCAAUUUGCCAGCUCAAGUGCAUUCGAUCAUCAAGUCUCAAUCCUCUGCAAUGGCUGGCGCUACGACGAGCUCUCCGACCAACAAGCGGCCGCUCAUAACUGAGACCGACAAGAAGGACGGCAACCGUAUCCCGGUUACGCUGCUAUCCGGUUUCCUGGGUAGUGGUAAAACUACUCUACUGCAGCAUAUUCUCAAGAACAAGGACCACGCGUUGCGUGUUGCUGUGAUCGUCAAUGACAUGGGCGAGCUCAACAUCGACGCUGACCUUGUCGCGUCGGCUGGUGUGCUUCAACGCGAAGAACAGCUCGUUCGGCUCGAGAACGGCUGCAUCUGCUGCACGCUUCGUGUCGAUCUGCUCGAGCAGAUCGCCCGUAUCGCCCAGCAGGGUGAAGUGGACUACAUUGUGAUCGAGAGCUCUGGCAUCAGUGAGCCUAUGCAAGUGGCCGAGACGUUCGUGUUCGAGCUGCCUGAAGGUGCUGAGGAAGAGGUGAAGGUCGACCCUGCGCUGUCUCCGAGCAGCUCCAAGCGCUCUCGAACGGAAUCCGGUGCGUCGUCGGGAGACGACACUAGCGCCAGUGCGUCGCCCUCUGCUUCGGCUGGUAUCCCCACCGUUCAGCUAGAUGAGCUUCUCGUUCGUGACGGCGAGCAACUUCCGUUGUUGCGUGACAUUGCGCUGCUGGACACGUGCGUGACCGUCGUUGACUCGGCCACCUUCUUCCACGUAUUCGACGACCCACGCAUGCUCGCGGAUGUUGAAGAGAACCGUAAGCAGCUUCCUGAGGGAGACACCCGUACGAUCACCGACCUGUUGAUCGACCAGAUCGAGUUCGCAGACAUCAUUCUACUUAACAAAACCGACCUGGUGCCUGCCAAGGACGUCGAAGCUAUUGAGAAGGUUCUUCGUCGUCUUAACUCGUACGCCAAGAUCGAACGCACGGUUAAGGGCCGUGUGGACCCAAAGAUGAUCCUUGGUACCAAGCUCUUCUCAUUCGAGCGUGCGUCGCAGCAAACGGGAUGGCUUGAGUCGCUCACUGUCCCUCAUACACCGGAGACGGUAGAGUACGGCAUUGGGUCGUUCCUGUACAAGGCUUCGCGUCCGUUCCAUCCUGCAAGACUGACUGGAAUUAUUCAGGACGAGUUUGUAAUCGUCGAGUCCCCAACGUUGCCUCCGUUCCCUACUGACGAUGAUGAUGGUCACGAUCAUGACCACGAAGAAGAAGGUGAAGAGGAGGAAGAAGAACCUGCUGAUGGAGACCAGGAGAUGGAGGCUGAAGAGGACGGUGAGCCUCUCGGUGAGCAAGAAAUCGCCAAGCGUCUGGAAGGAAAGCAGAACGGUCUGUUUAAGAACCUUCUGCGUAGUAAGGGCGUCUUCUGGCUCGGCACUCGGCCAUACAACUACGCUACGUGGUCUCAAGCAGGUUUGUACUGCACUCUGGCUAACGGAGGCAUGUGGAUCGCUGCUAUUCCUGAGGAGGAGCGCACGCGUACUAUGAAGGAACUGCCGAACUACAAGGAACUCAUGGCACGUGAGUACGGCGACCGUGGUCAGGAACUCGUGUUCAUCGGCAGAUUCUCACAGGAGGACGACGAAAUUGCAAAGAUUCGCGCGGCGCUGGACUCGUGCUUACUCACGGACGAGGAAAUGAAGCAGUACAAGGCUGGCGACUUUGAGGAGUGGGAAGACCCGUUCGAGCCGUGGGAGUACUACAGCUUCGAAGAUUAAGUGUGCUAGGUUCUCGUAAUAGAAAUCUUUUCAGUAUUUUGCUACAAACAUUGUUUUGCU